CGCUGCUCUGCCGAGUCUGAGCCCGCCUUCCAGGUUAAUUCAGGAGAUUCCUGAAGUUUGGCCGAACUGCAAGAAAACACUUGCAAAACAAUAAUACUGUGAAGUUUAUUUUAAAAAGAGAUGAAAUAUUACCUAUCGCUACUUCCUAGAGCAUUUGUAGAUGGAAACAGAACAAACACAUAUUAAGACGCUAGCCCUGUGUUCCCCAUCUUUUGGGGGCAUCAGCAGAAGACUGCAGUGGGGAAAAAAAGAGACUCGACUGAAAGGAAAUUAUGUCUGUUCGACUGUUGCUGCUGCUGGUUUUUAGUCUGGAGAUGUUCGGGUGUGAGCUGUCCAAGGAAAAGGCUGGUUCGGUCAUCAGCGCUGCUAAAACGUUGGUGUGGGGACCAGGGCUGGAGGCGGACAUCGUCCUCCCUGCUCGAUUCUUUUACAUACAGACGGUGGACAGCUCAGGGAAAAAUUUAACAACAUCACCAGGUGAGAAGACGUUUGAAGCAAAGAUGGUCUCACCAACGGAGCAGUUCACCAGGAUCUGGAUUCAGGUUCUUGAUCGUCGAGAUGGGUCGUUCUUGGUUCGCUACAGGUUGUAUGCCACCUACACUGACCUGCACAUCCAUGUUCUGCUGAAGGGCAAGCAUGUUGCAAAGUCACCUUAUAUUCUCAAAGGCCCAGUCUACCACGAGGGCUGUGACUGUCCUCAGCCGAGUGGUUCUGUUUGGGAGAAAAACAUGCACUGCCCUGAGUCCUUUGCCCAGAUAACCAGGGACCUGUCUCUCCAUCCAAGUGUUGAUCCUGAUCAGAAUGCACAGGAGAUCCCCAAGCGCUUUGGACAGCGGCAAAGCCUCUGUCAUUACACAAUCAAAGAAAACAAGGUCUAUGUGAAAACCUUUGGAGAACAUGUUGGUUUUAGAAUCUUCAUGGAUGCCAUCCUACUCUCCCUCACAAGAAAGGUACGGAUCCCUGAUGUUGAGUUCUUUGUAAAUCUGGGCGACUGGCCCCUGGAGAAGAGGAAACCCACUGAUAAGCUCCACCCUAUCUUUUCCUGGUGUGGCUCAAACAGCACCAGAGAUAUAGUCAUGCCCACUUACGACCUGACUGAGUCGGUCCUUGAGACCAUGGGAAGAGUGAGCCUGGACAUGAUGUCGGUUCAGGCCAACACAGGGCCGCCGUGGCCGGAGAAGAACACCACAGCCUUCUGGAGGGGGCGGGACAGCCGUCAGGAGCGCCUGCAGCUGGUCAAGCUUUCCAGAGCUCACCCCGACUUUAUAGAUGCUGCUUUCACCAACUUCUUCUUCUUCAAACAUGAUGAGAGUCUCUACGGCCCGCUGGUCAAACACGUCUCUUUCUUUGAUUUCUUUAAGUACAAGUAUCAAAUAAACAUUGAUGGCACAGUAGCAGCAUACCGUCUGCCGUACCUGCUGGCGGGAGACAGUGUGGUCUUAAAGCAGGAUUCUGGCUACUAUGAGCAUUUCUACAACGAGCUGCGACCGUGGGAGCAUUACAUCCCCAUUAAAGCAAACCUGGGCGACCUGCUGGAAAAGAUCCAGUGGGCCCGAGAUCAUGAUGAAGAGGCAAGGAAAAUUGCACUUGCAGGACAACAGCUUGCCCGCAGUCAUUUAAUGGGAGACAGUAUAUUCUGUUACUACUACAAACUUUUCAAGGAGUAUGCCAGACUUCAGAUCACAGAACCUAAGGUUCGGAAGGAUAUGGAGCUUGUAGAGCAACCCACAGACGACUUGUUUCCAUGUUCUUGUGACCGGAGAAUGGAAAAGGAUGAAUUUUGACCUCCCACCGUAGGAAGAGCGAUUCUUCAUAUCUUCAUAUAUUUUUUCAAGUUAUGUUUAUUUGUUUAGUGUUUAUUACACGAAUGUCACUUUUUUAAAUCAAAUUAAAAAUCUUCUUUUUUA